ACAUGGCUCGGGUUGGGGGUGUGGGGGGCGCAGCAAAGAUUAAAAUGAUAUGGAUGAGGAAAACAACGGUUUUCGGCACCUUCGCCGUUCUAGGCUUUCGAAAAUCACGUUUCCCCACAUGGACGACACGUGAAAACGACCAGGAAAGAAAUUUUCCGUCCUCGUCUUUUACACGAGGUACGGCAGUUAUGAAGGAGCGGCCGCGCUACUAUUCGCUCUUCCUAUAGAGACACAUGCACACAUCAACUCACUACCUUAAGUACCCAGACCCCAAACAACACACGCCAACCGGACAAAGUAUCACCCAAGAUCACCGGGCACAAGAUGGGGCAGCCAUCGUCCGAGGCAUCGCAUGCCAUUGUCUACGCCACCUAUGGCGCCUUUCUGUAUAUAGACCAGAGCCAAUCUUCUCGUUAGACGAGGUACUAUGCUGACAUGGAGGGGGCCAAGGGUGCUUGGAACUGGCAUUGCCUGGAGGAUGAGGAACCAGUCCAAGAGCGACUUCCUCAACGGAAACAGGACCCAGACUGGUCAGGACCACAUUCCGUCUCGCCCGCCGAGGCGCGGGCCCCUCGUUUCCUUGCUGUCUGCGGAGGGACUCGGCCCUGGCGGGCGGGCGGGCCAUUCCAUUCCCAUCCUCUGCGCGUGGACGAGUGCUGACCCGGGAGACACCGACGCCUAGCGCUUCCGCUGGCUCUGAACUUCAUCGCCUCCGGUGAGUAGAGGUGGUGGGCGCGAGCCUGUGAGCAGCAGUCACCUCGGCAACGACCGAAUCAUAUGGCAUGGCAAACCCAACCCCAUUGGCAGCGACGGCGGGUUCCGACGGCUUUCCCAACCGACCUUGAUCUGGAGUAUGAACUGGCGCCCUUACGGCGCCAUGGGAUCCGGCAUCCUCUUUGCCUACCCCCAGCUCGCCACGAUCGCCGGUAUCCAGGGCGUGGUUGUGUACGCACUGUCGUCGGCACUGCCGUUACUGAUAUUCGCUGCCCUGGGGCCGGCGAUUCGACGAAGGUGCCCCGAGGGAUUUGUCCUCACGGAAUGGACUAGACAGCGUUAUGGCGCUGUGGCUGCCCUCUACCUCGGCUUCAUGACGCUGUUGACUCUCUUCCUAUACAUGGUUGCGGAGCUGUCCGCCAUCAGCCAGGUUGUGACCACGCUGAGCAACCUCGACGGGCUCCCCGUCGUGAUUGUGCAGUGCGCUAUAACGACGAUAUACACCUCCAUGGGAGGUUUCAAAAUCUCGUUUCUCACCGACAACGUGCAGGGCGCCAUGGUGCUGGGGCUCAUCAUCAUUGCCACCAUCACGAUUGGCGUCGAGACCAGGAUCGACCCUGCACUCAUCGAGUCGUCGGGGCUGCUACAGCCCACGCUGCUCGGGUGGCAACUAGUCUACAUCCUGCCCGUGGCCAUCCUGACUAACGACUUCUUCCUCUCGAGCUUCUGGCUGCGGACCUUUGCGUCCAAGACGGACCGCGACCUGUGGAUCGGGGUGGGCAUGGCGAGCGCGGCGACCCUCUGCAUCCUCACGCUCGUGGGCACCACGGGGCUGGUAGCGGUGUGGUCGGGAGCCUGGCCGGGACCCGACAACGCCGACGGGUCCGUGGCCUUCUUCACGCUACUGCAGCUGCUGCCCAACUGGGUCGUCGGCAUCGUCCUAGUCAUGGCCGUGACGCUGAGCACUGCCGCCUUCGACAGCCUGCAGAGCGCCAUGGUGUCGAGCGCGUCAAACGACCUGUUCCGCAACCGGCUGGGCAUCUGGUACAUCCGGGCCGCCGUGGUGCUCGUCAUCAUCCCCGUCAUUGUCAUCGCGCUGCGGGCGCCCAGCAUCCUGCAGAUCUAUCUCAUCAGCGACAUGGUCUCGGCCGCCACCAUCCCCGUCCUAGUCCUGGGGCUCUCGGACCGCUACUUCUACUGGUGGCGCGGCUUCGACGUGGUCUGCGGCGGCCUGGGCGGCAUCCUGUCCGUCUUCAUCUUUGGAACGGCCUAUUACGGGGACGUCGAGGCUGGCGGCCGGCUCAUCCUGCUGGAGCAGGGCCUGUACACGGGCGACUGGGGCGUCUUUGGCGCCUUUGUUGCGGCCCCCGUCGGCGGCAUGGUCUUUGGCUUCAUCGCAAUGCUGCUCCGCGUCGGCUUUCUUUUCGCCCAGGCCAAAGCUACGGGCGGCCAAUUCACCGCUUUUGAGCGCCCGCUGCCGGAGAGCACCGCCAUUUCUGAGAACGGACCUGCUGACGGCGAGGUUCGCUUCGAUGACUCGGCUGACCGGGAGCCAGGUAUCGCCAAAGCGUCUGGCAGAUUCUUUUAGACGCUGGCGCGGUGCAUGUGUUGUCAAUCAAUGGAGGUGUGAGAAUGGGGAUGAAGGAGGAAGGAGAGCGAGACAUAAGCGGUGGACGAGGAGAAGGGAUAUUUGAUGGGCGAUGAAAGUAUUCGUGAACAGAGCAAGCGAUGUCAUGUAUCCCAAACACAAUGCCUGGGCCUUGGAUGAGUGACACGGACUCUACGUUAUGGUUGCAUAGAUUAAUCACCACAAAGAAGCUGAUAGCUACCUAGGUAUGUUGGUACAUGCAUAUCGUACAUGGCCCGGCGAUGGCCGAGAAAUGAUGUGGAGUGGAUCGUACAAGCGUCUAGAGCUCAGAUCUCUCAUUUUUCUUUUUGCUCUUUCUCUCAUUUGCCAGCACCUCGUUGCCCACGCCUUUAUUUAUGCGCAGGCAAUAUAUAUAAUGCCAG